AUGAAAAAGUCCAGGCUCGUCACUCCGGAGACCGAUUACCGGCGGGGCAACAAACGGCUUUUGGCGUCACUCCCCAUGCGCUCUGAAGGCCUUCCAGCAGAGGUCAUCGCAUUUGAGGCGAGUGAUCUACUAGAAAAAUAUCGUCCAGAGGCAAAUGGUGAUGUAGAAGAGAAGCCUGCCUUAACGGAGCACUUAAGUCGCAGUACCAUCAGAACGAGAAAGCGAAUCGACCCUGUGGUGCCCGUUCACACCGAGAUUGAACUCGAGAUCGAAGAAUUAUCCUCGACAGGUGAUGGACUGGCGUAUUCACAGGAGCAUGAUCACGUUUUCGUUGUCCCUUUCGCCGUUCCAGGUGACAGGGUGCUCGCGAGGACUUACCCACAGAUCCCCAACCGACUGUACACCUUGACCGACAAUGACAAGCUCCUGCGGCCGUCUGAGAAGCGCGAGGGCGUCACUCCCGGCUGCAAAUACUUUGGCAAAUGCUCGGGCUGUCAGCUCCAGAUGCUUUCCUAUGAGGAUCAGCUGCGGCACAAGAAGAGCAUCGUCGAACAAGCAUUCAGACGCUUCUCGAACCUUGAACCGUCACUGAUCCCCCCCGUGGGCGACACCGUCGGUUCACCGAUACAAUACGGUUAUAGAACCAAGCUGACACCACACUUCGGCAGUAUCAACGGCGUUCACAGUAACACGAAAGAUGGCAUUGACAGGCCUCCCUCCAUCGGAUUCAACGAGAAGGGACGUAGAGCAGUCAUGGACAUCGAGCAAUGCCCCAUCGGCACACCGAUCAUCAACGAGGGAAUGAAAAUCGAACGUCGAAAGAUCCACAGAACAUUCGAGUCCCGUAAGAAAGGCAUGACAAUCUUACUCCGGGAGUCCACUCAGCGAACUGUGCUCCCAUCUUCUGCCACAGGAGCCGCGGCGCCGACGGAGGAAAGCUCGGGUAAAGACGAGAACACAAGCGAGGAAGCUGUGGUGGCGCCAGCACCGGAGAAGACAAACGACACAGCUACAUUCGUGAUACCAUACGAGCAACCAUUGACCAGCGAGCUCACCUACACGCCAGCGGAGCCAACCCUGACACUCACGUACCCGACACACAAGGACGUGAAGACAUACACGACACGACACCUGGACACCACGACCGAGUACGUCGGCGACGUGACGUUCCGCACGAUCGCGAACGCCUUCUUCCAGAACAACAACUCCAUCCUCCCAACCUUCAUCAGCUACGUGCGCGAGCAGUGCAGCCCGCCCGACUCCGCCACGUCCACCGACCCACCGAUCAAAUACCUGCUAGACGCGUACUGCGGCUCCGGUCUGUUCGCCGUGUGCCUAGCACCGGCGUUCUCCUCCGUGCUAGGCAUCGACGUCGACGCUCAAGGCAUCGAAGCCGCGCGCCACAACGCGCACCACAACAAGGUGCCCAACGCAGGCUUCGUCGCCGCCGACGCCGGUACGCUGUUCCUCGACGUCCCCUUCCCGCCGGAACAGUCGCUCCUCAUCCUCGACCCGCCGCGCAAAGGCGCGUCCCACAACUUCCUGCAACAGCUGUGUGACUUCGGGCCCAGACGGGUUAUCUACAUCAGCUGUAAUGUGCACACGCAGGCAAGAGAUGUCGGCUUGCUGGUGCAGGGCUUUGGCGGGAAGUGGAGGUACGAGGUCGAGAGCCUGAGGGGUUUCGAUUUCUUCCCGCAGACGGGUCACGUCGAGGGUGUUUGCGUGCUGACCAGGGUCAUGGAUGAAGUUGGGCUUGCGGAUACGACGGACCCGUAG